AUGCCUUCCAACAUACCGCGACACGUGUUUGGCGAGCUUGAUUUCAAGCACCUUCAUUUUCGCAGGCAAAUGCAGCCUUGCAGUUUGAAAGGUUUGAUGGCGUUGAGCAUUUCAGAGGCCGGACUGCCAGGGCUGCCGAAAAAUCGUUGGUUUGUGCUGUCCUUCCGGGCGCUGGCGUGGAUGGCGUUCUACUUUCUGCCGUUGCAUUGCGUUUCGUUCAGUAACUUGCGGGGCUAUUGUGUCUAUGGCAAUGCACCUGGCAAUUCGAGUUUGGUUUGCUGGAGGACAGCAUUGGGCCCUGGCGAAACCUUUGAAAUGGCGGAACAAACAGGUUUUAGUCGUGGGCGCGUUUUUGUGGCCACGGUUCUUUUGCCUUCCCUUUAUUUCUUGCUGUAUGUGGCCUUUGUGAGUGUGUAUGUGGGUGAAGAGCACGAACACCUUGGCUUCAUUUUUAUCUACGGCGUGGGGCAUUUGGUCAUCAUCUUCGUGGCAGAAAACCUUGGGCCCCCGAAUUACCCACCGCCCCUGAACCCUCGAUACUCCCAAAAGAUGGGGCCUGCAACUUUGGGUGUGGCGGUGAUGGGUUUCUUUGCAGUGACCACCGCCUACAGCGUAGCAAAGCGCUUUGUUGGUCCUUGGCUAGGCACGUUGAUGCCGGCGAUGCUGGGUGCCUAUGAAAUUGGAUGCCUCCUGAUCCUCGAACGAACCUUUGUGCGAGAAUUCGUUCAGGAGAAAUCUGUCAGAAGAGCCUAUCAUCACUCCAACCAGGGCAUUGUGGUCUCUGCUCAGAUCUGCAUGGUUCAUGGUAUGGCAGAAGGUGCUCGAUUGAUGCUGAUUUUGGCUGACAUAUCUCAAUCAACUUCAGACUCUGACUCAACCUUCCUGGUGCCAAUUGUGAGUGGCGUGGUUUGGAAUGUGAUCGUCCGCUGUGGCGCCGUUGAUCGUUUGUUGGCCAUCAUCACCCGUGGAAGGCUGGGAAUCCCCCCAUUGUCCAAUGUUUCUGAUUUAAGUCGUGCUUUCUCCGCAGGCGGACCCCGACAUGGUGUAGUCUCCUGCUGCAGCAGGCCAAGUUGCAUGGGUUAUCUCAGGUUCAUGGCCAUGGGUGCCGUGGUCUUGGCCCGAUGGUGCUCCCGAAACCCAUUGAUCCCGGAGGGGAGGGAGAGCAUGGCCCUGGCAGUGUUGAUCCUCUUUCUUUGUGAAGUUGGUGAGGAUCUGGUGAGUUAUUCGCUGGAGCGCUUGAACUUUCGGGUGCUCCCGAAACAGCGCCACAUCACCGAAGCUGAAUUGGAGAUGAUGGCGGCAGCGCAUCUCCGGGUUAGUUCGAUCUGUGAACCCGAGAGGGCCGUCUCCAUGGUUCCCAAUUCGACGCCUGCGUGGUCGUCGAGCGAUUCCACAAAGGAACUUCGGGAUCAGUGUUGGAAAUUACGCGCCAGCUUUGCAUUCGCAUAUGGUGAGCAAAACUUUGAGACGCUUCCGUUUUGGGCCCAUUUUGCAGCAGUGCAGGGCCUAGUCCAAGCCGUGAGAAUCCUGGGAACCAGCUUCAACUUCCAGACUGCGGUGAUGGCGACACAGUUCCACACGGUGCUUUUUAUGAUCUUGCUCGGCAAUGGCCUGAACUAUGUCCUGGGCUUCUGCCACGAUACCUACGACGGCUAUGGCCGGUCCUUGCUGUGGUGGCCGCUGACCCAGGAGAAUUUGUGCAUGUGA